CCGGAGCAAUAAUAACCACAGCAGGCUGGAUCUGUGUAUCCGACCAGAAAAGACCCAGGAAAGUUUGAUAGCUCGCAGUAUCGAAGUGUUUAUCACCAGCCUGUAACGACAGCCUAACGCGAGCUCAGCCCUGAGCGGCAGAAACCGCUUUAAAUUUCAUUUUUUAAAUAUAAUAAACGUUUUAAACGUCUGACAGAGCGACGCGCAUUAGCUAGCGUAGCUUAGCUUAGCAAGCUAAUAAUUUAGCCAGCCAGCUAGCUGACCUAACGCUAGCUGUCCUGGCUAGCUAACCUAGCUAGCUGGCUACCAUGUAGUUAAUGGUACCAAAAUAAUGUGCUGAAUAUAACGAAUUAACGAAUUAGCUAAAAGACUGGCCAUGCGAUCCUUACGUGCUGGAGUUCACUGCGUGGGAACAGUCGGGUUUUACACAGGAGGUCUAAAGUUGGUGUUCCCUCACCAUUCUUGGUCCUGGGAGCUUUAAACCAGCCCAGUAAACACAAGGAACGGCAGGGUGGCAAUAACAGCCAUAUGAUGGAGGGUUAUGACCUUUAGCAGGCAGAAGUACAGCCAUGGAAGAGGUUGACCAAGCUGUUUCUGUAAUGAAAACUGAAAGCCAGCAGGACGGGGCCAUAGUGCAGGGGGCUGUGGUGUUUACUGAGCUUCUGGAAGUCAAGACUGAGCUUCUAGAAGAGAAGACUGAGCUUUCAAACCCGAAGAUUGAGCUUCACAGUAGUGAAGAGAUAACUUGGUUAAUGGUUCAGGAAGGUGAGUCAACUUCCUCUGAUUGUGGAGCUACCUCAGACCUUCAGGAGAUGGGUUCUGCCUCAGGGGAAGAAGGAGAAGGAGAGGGCAGUGAGGCCUCGGACGCACUCGGGACCGGAGUAUCACCUGCCAGCAAGGGAUCGUGGGAUACAAGUCUUCAGAAUGGGGAUGAAGCUGACGUAGAUAAACAACCGAAGAACAGCAGCCCUUCUGUAACAGGCAGCACAUUUUCAGACCCGAUGCACAUGCCCUCUCUCUCACUGUCUGACCAGCUGAGGUUGGGUCGUGAUGAGACUGACGGUACAGGACUGAAUGUGGAGUGCAGAAUAUGUGGGGACAAAGCUUCAGGUUUCCACUAUGGUGUUCAUGCCUGUGAAGGUUGCAAGGGAUUUUUCAGACGCACCAUUCGCAUGAAGUUAGAAUACGACCGUUGCGAGCGCACCUGCAAAAUCCAAAAGAAGAGUCGCAAUAAGUGCCAAUAUUGCCGCUUCCAGAAGUGCCUGGCUCUUGGCAUGUCCCAUGACGCUAUUCGGUAUGGGCGUAUGCCCGAGGCAGAGAAGAAGAAGCUAGUGGCAGGGCUGCUGGAAGGAGAAAAGAGUCUGCUAAACCCAGGAGGCUCUGACCUCAAGACUUUAGCCAAGAACGUCAAUAAAGCCUACCUGAAGAACCUCAUUAUGACCAAGAAAAAGGCACGAAGCAUCCUCACCGGCAAGACCAGCUGCACAUCGCCCUUUGUCAUUCAUGAUAUGGACUCACUUUGGCAAGCAGAGAAUGGUUUAGUCUGGAACCAGUUGAAUGGUUCCCCCUUAAACAAAGACAUUGGAGUCCAUGUGUUUUACCGCUGCCAGUGUACUACAGUGGAAACUGUUCGGGAGCUGACAGAAUUUGCCAAAAAUAUUCCCGGCUUUGUUGAUCUCUACCUCAAUGAUCAGGUAACCCUGUUAAAGUAUGGUGUCCAUGAGUCCAUUUUUGCAAUGCUGCCAUCUCUAAUGAAUAAAGAUGGACUUCUGGUAGCCAAUGGGAAAGGCUUUGUUACGAGAGAGUUUCUGCGCAGCCUACGCAAACCCUUCAGUGAAAUAAUGGAGCCGAAGUUUGAAUUUGCGGUCAAGUUUAAUGCCCUGGAGCUGGAUGACAGUGAUUUGGCUUUGUUUGUGGCAGCCAUUAUAUUGUGUGGAGACCGUCCUGGACUCAUGAACGUGAAGCAGGUGGAGCAGAUCCAGGACAGUAUCCUCCAGGCCCUGGACCAGCACCUGCAAGUACACCAUCCUGACUCGCCCCACCUCUUCCCCAAACUGCUGCAGAAGAUGGCUGACCUCCGGCAACUGGUUACCGAGAACGCACAGCUGGUCCAAAUGAUUAAAAAGACUGAAUCUGAGACGUCCCUCCAUCCACUGCUACAAGAAAUCUACAAGGACAUGUAUUAGGUCUUCUGGCUUAGUGGACUUUUCACAUAAAAUAAGAGACAUGUAUAUGUAUACAGGUCUAUAUGGUGCUGUAUACACCAUCGAAUCUUUAUAUAGACUGCUAAGGACUUUUACAAAUACUGUGUUUGAAAACUGACCUAUUUUUCUUGGGAAGAAGGUUUCUGGGGUUUAUUUUUUUGUUUUGUUUUGUUCCUUAAAUCUUUAAUUGUGUGGAAGGUCAUUUUCAUUUAAUUUUCCACCUGAAUAUGACAGUAUUCAGUCUGAGAAUUGUUGUGUAGACACACUUUUUUCCUAAAUAGUUUUGUGUAAUGGCCUGCUCAUGAGCCACAAGUAUUUAAUUCAAUACCAGAGUGUUAUGGAUUCUUAGACAGCUGGGAACAUUGCUAGAAUUAAACUUCCUCAGUUGAUGGCUAGGCACUUGUCUGUUGUUCAGUUAUAAUAGGAUCAGUCUACAUGACUUUUAGAAUUGUCAGGAUGUUUUCAUUCUCACACUAUAGACUCUUGUAACCAGGAAUGUUUUAGUGGGCGUGGUUUCCCACUGAUCAGCGACACAGAUCAUGAUUUUUAUGAUCUUUCACAUAGAGGAACCCACGGUGAGUCUCUCCAAACGACUUGAAAAUUGAGCUUAAAAUUGUGUAAUGUAGUGUGAACUUAAGGUUAGUGAAAGUACUACUACCCUGUGUGAAAUCAGGAAUAUUGUCCGUAUUCAGCUUCAGACCAUCAUCUUCAUUUAUCAUCUCAUCGAGUGACCUGCUUUUCAUUUGCUGUGUAACAUGAUUUUGAGGUUCGAGUAGAACCUAUAUGCAAACUAUACAUCACAGAACAUUAUUGAGCUAAUAUAUGCCUCCAAGUCUAAGUACUGUCCAUUUUGAUGUAAACAUUUUUUUAUUUCAUUUUGAAGAUUUUAGUUAAUGUAUUUUAAUGAGUUUGGUGGAUUAAAGAAACUAUUAUCUACACUAUAUGUCCAAAUGUUUGUGGACACCCAUUCAAAUGAAUACGUUCAGCUACUGUUUCAUUUACACAAGUAUAGUCUUUAGAGUAUGACUCUGGAGCAGAUAAAAAUGAACAUUUUGACCCUUGAUUUAAAAAAAAAAAAAAAACAUGAAAUAGCAGGUGUCCCAAUACGUUUGUCCAUGUAGUGUAUUUGAAAUAUAUUUUUUCACUUGCGACAAAGAAUUACUCAAAAGCUCAAAAAGUGAUACUGUUUAAAGGGGUUUUGAUUGUAUGCACAAAAGCUUUCACUUUAUAGUGCUUUUCCUGAAGUGUUAUCAUUACAAAAUAUAUAUAAAUAUAUAUAUUUAGAAGGCACUCAGUAUCCAUUUCAGACCAAGUCAUUAAGCUAAGCGUCUCAGUGAAUAGCAGCAGCAUGUCAAAAUUCUGAAAAUACAUAUAUUAUAUUAUUUGGGUUGAAAGUGCACUAUAUUUUUAUGCAGGAUGUUUUUAUUCCAAUGCUAAUGAUGUUAUGAAUGCAAACAUGCUUUAAAACUCUCUGGUUUUGAAACAUUUAUUUUUGAUCGCAAUUGUUACAAAAGAACGUCUUUGUUUGAAACAAAGCCUUUUCUUUUUUUAGUCGGCCUAUAAUACUAGUAUGUGAAUUCUCCCUAACCACGUUAACCAUGUGUUUGUCUCAAGUACUGCCCCAAAGAUUGUUUAGAUUAUUUAGACAUUAACUCUGCAGAUAUGAGAUUGGCUGUAUGACACAACCAAAUUCAUAUCUGUUGAUCAUUUCACCUAAUAAAUGUUUCGAUUGACGUUUUUUUUUUUUUUGUAUGUAUGAAGGCAUCUAAGAUGUUUCAGUAUAUUCCUAUAAUUUAGACUUUUGCUGCUGUAAAGCUGAAGAGCACAAUACAAAUGAUCUGUAUAAUCAA